AUGCCGUAUAAUGCUGGAUGCUAUGGUAUCUCAGUUGCUUUGCCCGUUCAAAUGGUUUCUUCAGAGCACUUGUCGUCGGCGUACGUCUCUGACGACACUUACUACAGAGGCGAACAUGCAUCGUCACAGGGUCAAAACGUCUCGUACGCCUCUUAUCCAACUAUUGCACCUGUCAGGGCCUCCGAAAGCAUGCUAGGCUACCAGAGUCAGUCACUUCCUCCUGCAUCGGUCCCGAGUAUCCCGCAUUACGUUGUGGGUGGCCACAAUCCAACGGAUGUGAAUAUGGGAUCUUCCACCGGAGCAUCGUUCACCACACCCACAGGAGACCCUUUCAGCCUCCCAUUUUACCAAGCUAUACCACCAGAGUCUAGGUCUGUCGAUACUGCCGAUACUUAUCACCAUAAUUAUCCGCCAGGGUACGGAACAGCAACAAUGAGUCCGCGCGUUCCAUCGGCAGGGGCAUCGACUGGUUCUAGUCACAAAAAGAACAAGCAGUCGUCACGGACAAGAAAGUCUAAACAGCCCCAGGUACUCUCGCCUGGAAGCACGUCUUCAACAUCAAACUCUAGCAGAUCUAGACUCCGUAGUGCUUCUCGCACAAGCAAAAAUACGCACCAUAAUCCCCCGGCUACAGUCGAGGAGCAAAAAAGCCGCGACACACAUAACCAAGUGGAAAAGCAGUAUCGGAACAGACUUAAUGCUCACUUUGAAAGCCUGCUAGAUGCUCUACCAGAAACUAUGCAAGCUGGCGAGGGUGAUGAUGAAGGGGAAUCGUUGGACUUGACUGACCGUAGAGUUAGCAAAGCGGAAGUAUUAGACAUGGCUCGGCGCCACAUUCAAGCUUUAGAGCGCGAAUGCGCUGCCUUGGAAGGGGAAAGAGACGAACUCCGGAAUAAUAUGGAGAGAUUACGCUGGCUGUUUGGACGGUGCGAAGGGACCGACGGGUUCAACGAGCAACUGAACUUCCCAGGCGCGGGAGGCCUACAUUGAGAAUUACAUCCAAAAUAGGGGGUGGGAGGACCGCAAUGGGAUCAGAUCAUGCAUUUUUCACACUCGGCAAUUUUUUAUUCUUGUACUACUAGAUCGGCUUACGGAGUUAGGGGCUGGGAGGUGACGUUGACAGUCAGGAACUUCAACUAGGUACAUGAUUUAGUUGUUAAGCACACCGACUAAGAUCCCCUUGGAUGGGAGAAACGGGACGAGAAACUAUACUAUACCU